AUGUUACGACCCGCACUCGCAGGCCGACGUCGCAACUUCCAGACCCAAGACCUCGUUCCCGCAGCGAGCUCAUCUCGACAAGCAACAUCACAGGAGGACCUCAACUCUCUCUGGAAGGCAGCUCUAGACGAAUAUUGUCAAUCGCUUCACGUCGAUCUAUGCGCGUACAAGUACCCGUUCAAUCGCGAUCCAGAGCGGUCGUGGACUUGCGACGAGAUUCUCGAUGUCUUACUCGGGGUGACGGGAAAUGAUCGAACGGUCAACCGGAAACCGGGCUGGAUUCUCACGAGCCCUCUUUGCGUCUCAGUCUCGAUUUGGAGUAUGCUCGUAACGAAAGAGCUGCACGACCGCGAUCUUCGACGCGCGGUGUUCGAUCACUUUCCGUCACCCCGAGUACAGGAGGGCUCACAAUGCUUGACGGUCAAGAGGCAAGGAAGCGGGCCAUCGCGCAGACUUCGAGAGGCACUGAAGCCGUUGAUACGAGGACUGAGCGUCAUUCUUGAUGCCUGCGGGGAAACGGCGUCCGCGCUGGGUAUCCCCGGAGGGAAGGGUAUCUUUGCGGCAGUCGCUGUUCUUCUUGCGGCUGCAGAUCGUGUUAGUACAAGCUACGAUCAGCUUCAAAAGCUGCUCGAGCGGUUGCGUGCCUAUGUUGAGCGACUGCAGGUGCGGCUGCAGGUCCCCUUGAAAAGCGAAUCGCGGAAGGUAGCUGUGAAGGCCCUUGUGGAAGUCUUGAAGGCGCUGGCUCUUGUCACACAUAUGUUGCAAAGAGGUCGAAUCGGACAGUUCGUACGGACGGUGUUUUCUCGUGGCGACGAGGUUCAAGAUGCGCUCGAGGCACUGGGAGAUGCCACAUCCGAGGAGGAGAGGAUGGCAGUUGCAGAGCUUGUCGUGGAUAUGGAAGAUCUCUCGUCGGGGAUGCACGAUAUUGGUACAUCGCUUUCCACGAUGCAUGUUACUUUGGGGGUAGCAAUUGGCGAACUUGUCGUCAAUAUGGAAGACAUCUCUUCGGAGGUGCACAACAUUGGAACGUCUGUUUCUACGUUGCAAGUCACUUUAGGAGAUGCUUGGCAGGACACGCGACAUACCAAUCAGGAGGUAUUGGCCGAGUUGCAUGAAAGGGGAAGAAAGUAUGACGAGAUGUUCAAUGCAUUCAAGAGCUGGCAGAAGACUAUGACGGACCAGCUAUCACGUUUAGAGACUCGAGGCCAACACGUUGAUCAACCGGAUCGUACCGUUGCUGUUCGUCCUGCCCCUAAGGUGCCCUUUCAAGGAGGUCGACUCAUCAAAGCCAUGUCCACCUUGGGCCCAGAGGACCGCAAUACGAUUUGGCGCGGCCUAGCGAGGCUCUUUUUUCGGGCUAUGGGAACAGCGAACGGAGUUGUGGAUAGCACCACCAGUACUGCGCCUCAAGACGUCGCUGAAGUCAUAGAAUCAAUCACCCCUACAGCAUGCACACUACUCUUGCUGUUCAUGACCUGGAAACUGGCGUCUAUUUCACGCCCACUCCGGCGUCCUCCGGAUACCGUCCUCAUCAUCGACGCCCUGGGGGAGAUUCUUGUCCUCGAGCCCGAUGUUUUUACCACCUGGGAGAAUACCCAUGAGUUCUUACUCGAAGCCUUCCAGAACCGCACCGGCAUCUCAUAUGUCCGGGGGCGCAAAUAUGCCCUGAGCGACUCUGAGCGCCUAUUGAUUGAUCCUGAAUCGUGGCCCCGGGUGGUUAAAGCGGGCUCGAAGUUGAGGAUGAGCAUCGUCAUUCGCGAACUUGCGUGCCUAUGCCCCUAUUGCAAGACAUCGCCUUCCGGUAAUGAGCUACGAAGUGGGUUAGGAUUCAUAUUCUGCGCCCGAUGUAAACGCCCGUACGGGAGACAUGAGAAAGCAAUGGAUCCAACGCCGGCCCAUGAUGAGAAUAAGCCUCCGAUCCGAUUGCACAGUGAACAUGGGAACUUGAAGGAACCGCCGAAGUUCCCCACAGUGCCGAUCACUCGCGAUGACCACCAGGACUUGGCCGGUGCUACCACAGACGCAGCGCUACAUGUAUUUGAGCGCAUCAUCGUUGAAUAUCAUGAACGCUCGAGGCUUCGUGACGGACCGAAAAACGGCGAAGGGAGCGUUCCGCUGGGCGCACGCCAGCCUCGACGGAAUGACACACCUUCACGACCGAUGAACUCGCCCAAUCAGCUUCACAGUGCCCCGAGCAGAGGUACUAACCGUGCUGCACCUACUACGAAUGGCUCGUCUGUCUCUUCCGAACCACCACGGCGACCGCGCACGAUCGCCGAACUCGCCGAGAUAGCAAAACAUCUUGGGACGGAUGACGAUGGUCUGACGCUGAAGCAGUACCUGCGCAAUGCAGAACGUGCGCGGAUUGCCGGACGACAUCUGCAAGAUGAGGGUGAUAUGGAGAACGCUUUUAUCCAGCUCGCACGCGCCGCCACAAUUGUGCUCGAGAAACUGCCCGCGCACAAGGAUUACCGUCACUUGCUCAACUCUGUACAAAGACAUAAUAUGGGACUGCACGGCCAAGAGAUAUUGGGUCAACUCGCGACGAUCAAGCUCACACUGACCGAAACAUAUGAGCGUCACCUGUCAUCUUCGACCCUUUCCGCACCCGCCUUCUCUCAAUUCUACACAAGUCUCUCGGCACAUGAUACAGAGUUCGCGCGCGAGGAGAAUACGAGGAGAGCGGAAGAGAAGAAGAGUUAUGAGCAACAGCAAGGGGAGAUGAAGAGCCGCGGGGAGGAUAUCUUACGACGUCGGCGGCAGGAGCAGGGCGGCAUAGCUCUACGGCAGCGCGAGGCGGAGAGGGCGGCACAGGCAGCUCGCUCCGCGCCUAUCGCCACUCCAGCGAACACGCCUUUUGAGCAAACCGAAGCACACGACCAUCGCCCAUCAUCUUCUGCCGUCCACACACCGCCCUUGCCUCGAUCGACUAGUCGGUCACCGGGUCCCAGGCCGUUCCACCCUGCGCUCCACAGCCGCCCGCCCCAACCUCCUCCAGGUCCGCUAAACACUACACGAUAUGGAACCCCCGGCGGCGGACGGCGCUUAGCACGUUACGCGGACGAGCACGUUGCCCCGAGUGAUAGCCGUUCUCAGUUCGCAAUAUCUAUUCUGGACUACCCGCACGAGGAGCAGAGGAGAGCAGAAGAGAGGGAGAGAUACGAGCAACAGCAAGAGGAAAUGGUGAGGCGGGGGAAGGAUAUCUACCGACGUCGACGAGAGGAGAAGUACGGCAUAGCUCAACGACAACGCGAGGCAGAGAUGGCGGCACAGGCAGCUCGUUCUAUAUCUACGGCGUCGAUGUCGACGCCGAAUGCAGUUCCAGUAGUACGAUGA